AUAAGCAGGCCACUCCUCCUUCCAUCCCCAAUGGGUGUUGGGACAGGUAUAAAACACCACCACCCCCUUCUGCAUCAGGACCAGUUGAAGUGCAAUAUUGACACCUUUACAGUACAAUUCAGGAUCCAGACUCUAACCUCAAGGCAUGUUGACCAGGAAUUUUCUCAUCCUCUGCUCUCUGGCAGCUGUGCUAGUACAAGCUGACCUCGAUACUAAUAGCAAUCAUGCUGCCCAAGCCAUGUCCACAGAUAAGGACUCAACCUCUGAUGAAGCACCAACUGAGAUCAUGAACGCCAUCUCCUCGGACCAGUCUAACCAUGUAAGCAGCACAAGUGUAGAAGUUGGACAAGAUGCUUCUACACCUAACGGGGACCUAACUGGACCUGGUGGCACGACAAACAGUGUUGAGGACCGUGAAGAGGAUGAGAGCUCCGAUGAAGGUGUGAGAAUCGUUCCUCCACCUCCUCCUCCUGCUGCUCCACAACAGAAGUCACGGAAGUUAGUUGGGCCAGCAGGUGGUAACCGAAGAAAGGCAGAAGCACCAAAACAGAAGAGGAGAUCACGGCCCUCUCAUCGUCAACCCUGAAACGCCACAAGCACACACAAAGGCAAACAUUUAAUUUUAGUGAUUAUGUAGAAGAAGAAAAAACAUGUUGUAUCUUAUUACUGUGUAUGCCAUAACAUGGAUGUGUACAGAACCGUUCACACAUGAUGAAGCUGUUUUCUGUAUCUUGGGCUGUAAAACAAAGUCAGCAUGACAUGGCAUAUUGUUUACUUUAACACCUGUGGAACAACUCAGUGGUAGGUUCAACACAAACUUAUGGGGCCUUUCUCUGUGAAUAAAAUGUACCAUUGCAUUUACCAUUUAAUGUGAUUACAUGACAACAGGCCCAAACACCAGUCUGAGACCAGUUCACGCAUCCAUUAAAAUCCAGGACGAGGCAUGCUUUUUGCAGCAUCAUGACUUGACACUGACCUUGAGAGCCAAUGAAACUGCUCUAAAUUCACCAACCUGUUUCAAAAUAGAAAGGACCUCCCUCACAUGGAAAUAAAC